GCCGAGUGGAGCGGCAUGGCGGGCGGGGCUCGGGAGGUGGUUACGCUGCAGUUGGGACAUUUUGCCGGUUUCGUGGGAGCGCACUGGUGGAACCAGCAGGUAUGGACUCCCGGCGCUGCCCCAGCGGAGCUUUUCGGGAUCUCUAGCUCCGAAUUCCAGCCUGUCUCCUGUGAAUCCAGCUCUCCUCGCUCUGUGCCUCCCCAGGAUGCUGCGCUGGUCCGUCCUGCCGAUGGCAAGGAGCCGCCGGGAGAGCUGUGCCCCGACGUCUUGUAUCGGACAGGCCGGACAGUGCAUGGCCAGGACACUUACACGCCGCGGCUCAUCCUCAUGGAUCUGAAGGGUAGUCUGAGUUCUCUAAAACAGGAAGGUGGACUCUAUAGGGACAAACAACUAGAUGCCGCAAUAGCAUGGCAGGGGAAGCUCACCACACACAAAGAGGAACUCUGUCCCAAGAACCCUUAUCUCCAGACCCUGGGCAGUGCAGAGGGAGUGCUGAGUAGUGAUGGUGUCUGGAGGGUCAAAUCCAUUCCCAAUGGCAAAGGUCCCCUACCACUCACCACUGCUAAAACUCCAAAACCACUCAUGCCCACAGAGGGCAGCAUCAGAGUCUGGUCAGACUUCCUCCGAGUCCAUCUCCAUCCCCGAAGCAUCUGUAUGAUUCAGAAGUACAACCACGAUGGGGAAACAGGCCGCCUGGAGGCUUUUGGCCAAGGGGAGAGUAUCCUGAAGGAACCUGGGUACCUGGAAGAGCUGGAGGACAGGCUCCACUUCUACGUAGAGGAGUGCGACUACCUGCAGGGUUUCCAGAUUCUGUGUGACCUGCACGACGGCUUCUCAGGGGUGGCCGCUAAGACGGCGGAGCUGCUCCAGGACGAGUACUCAGGGCGGGGGGUAAUAGCCUGGGGCCUGCUCCCUGCUCCCUACAGCCUUGGGGAGCCCCAGAAGAAUAUCUACCGUCUGUUAAACACAGCUUUCGGCCUGGUGCACUUGGCUGCUCACAGCUCUCUCGUCUGCCCCUUGUCCUUGGGUGGGAGCCUGGGCCUGCGACCUGAGCCACCUGUCACCUUCCCACACCUGCAUUAUGAUGCCACCCUGCCCUUCCACUGCAGUGCCAUCCUGGCCACCGCCCUGGACACAAUCACUGUUCCUUAUCGCCUGCGUUCCUCGCCAGUUUCCAUGGUUCAUCUGGCUGAUAUGCUAAGCUUCUCUGGGAAGAAGGUGGUGACAGCAGGAGCCACCAUCCCUUUCCCCUCAGGCCAGUCCCUUCCUGAUACCCUGGUGCAGCUUGGGGGAGCCACCCCAUGGAUCCCGCUUUCUGCAUGCGGGGACCCGUCUGGGGCAUGCUGCUUUGCCCAGUCUGUGGUGCUGAGGGGUCUAGACAGAGCAUGCCAUACCAGCAGUCAGCUCACCCCAGGGACACCCCUGCCCUCCCCUCUCCACGCCUGUGCCACUGGAGAAGAAGUCCUGGCCCAGUACUUACAACAGCAGCAGCCCAGGGCCCUGAGUUCCUCCCAUCUGCUGCUGACUCCUUGCAAGGUGGCUCCUCCUUACCCACACCUCUUCUCAAGCCUCAGCCAGCAGGGUUUGUUUCUGGAUGGUCCCCCUACUAGGGCAGCAGCAGAGAGCAUCCCGGUGUUUGGGGCCCUCUGCUCCUCUUCAUCUUUGCACCAGACCCUGGGAGGCUUGGCCAGAGAGCUCACCAAACUCGACUUGCGGCGCUGGGCCAGCUUCAUGGCUGCUGGAGUGGAACAGGAUGACCUAGAGGAGAUGCUACAGGAGCUGUACAGCCUGGCCCAGUGCUACCAAGAUGGCAGCGGGCUCAUGGACUGAGGUUCUAAAAGUGGGCAAGACCUAGUUUCCAAUAAAAACUGCUGGAUGCUGGA